GGUUUAGCUUGUUCUGGAGUUCUCUAAUUACGGUCAUCAAAUUAAUAUUCAAUGUUUGAAACUCACAGUCGUUAUUAUUUUUAUUUUGUUAUUGAUGUGCAGCCCCUGAUGAGGGACAGGGUCAGGUCAGGACUCUGCAUUUGCAAGGACAAGUUUCCGUGUACUAAGAUCAAUAAAGGGUUUCACUACCUGAUUCACACAAAUAUUUACUGUAAUUUGGAAGAGGAAUUGGUGUUGAAAUAAAGCAAAAAGACUCCAAAAUAUUGUUUUUAAAGGAAGAAGAAGAAGAAAAAAGAGUAGUCAUUCAAUCAGAUUGGUUUCUUCACAUAGAAGUAGAGAUAAAAGGCAGAAGAAAGUGAUACCCAUGAACAAAGGAUAUAUCAAAUUGUUCCAAAGGGUGAAGAUCAUAUAUACAACGAGUAUUAGAUAAGGACUGGACCCUUUAAUUUGUUUCUAUGUAGAUUCACUUUGACAGGAAAAAGCUUUGAUCUUUUGUCUCUUUGCCCUCUCUUUCUUUCUUUGUGUUUCACCUUAAAAAAAGUAAAACUUUAGCUCUUAAAUAACCAAGUUGUAGGAACUCGGUUUUUCCAUUUCCUCUGCUUUUUAAAGCCAACAUUUAUUUUUCUCCCCUUUCAUUUUUCUGCAAAAUAUAUUUAUUUUCAGCCUGUUUCUUGUUUCGAGGAUGAUCUAAAGAACCAAGCUUUGCAUGGAGAACCAUAGAAUUGGAAAGACAGGUUUAACAAACUCAGGACCUUCUUCAAAUUACCAUCAUCACGCAGUUCUUCAUGGAAUGAAUGCUCCUAUUAGUAGUAAUUUCAUCCAUCAAAAUGGACCUGCUUUCGGUUUUGGAGAGCUAGAAGAAGCAAUUGUUCCUCAUGGAGUGGAACUUACAAAUGAUGAAGCUAAAGCACCAGCUGUAUUCACAAGAAGCAGACCUUCUUCAGCUGCUCUGGAGAUGUUGCCUUCUAAUUGGUCAUUGAGAUUUCAGCAAACCCCAAGAGGAAGUUGGAAUUCAAGAGGGGAAAGCACUGACUCAGUAUCAUCAUCAGCAGUGAACACUCUCCCAAGCAACCAGCUGCAACCAGAAUCUCCUAUCAGUCAAAAGGCAUCUUCUUCUGCAGAUCAUCAUCAACUUUUCAACCACAAGCCUCUGCAACAACAGCAGCUAGAGAUGGCAAGUGAUAUCUCAUCACUGAAUCAAUCAGCUGCACAAGAAAAGGGAAGAGGUUCAUCUUCUUCUGAGAAACAGCUAGAUGCUAAGACACUAAGACGUUUAGCUCAAAACAGAGAAGCUGCAAGAAAAAGCCGUCUUAGAAAGAAGGCUUACGUUCAGCAACUAGAAUCAAGUAGAAUAAAGCUAGCUCAACUUGAACAAGAUCUGCAGAGAACAAGAUCCCAGGGAUUUUUCGUGGGUGGGUGUGCUGCUGCUUUCGGAAAUAUCAGCUCAGGAGCUGCAAUGUUUGACAUGGAAUAUUCAAGAUGGUUAGAAGAUGAUCACAGGCACUUGUCGGAGCUUAGAACUGGGUUACAUGCUCACCUUCCCGACACCGAUCUUCAGACCAUCGUCGACGGUUACAUUUCACAUUAUGAUAAAAUUUUCCGGUUGAAAGAAGCAGCUGCAAAAUCCGAUGUUUUACACCUUAUAACCGGGAUGUGGAUGACGCCGGUGGAGCGCUGCUUUGUUUGGAUAGGUGAUUUUAGGCCCUCUGAGCUCAUCAAGAUGCUAGUAUCACAACUAGACCCAUUAACAGAACAUCAAGUGAUGGGGAUUUGCAAUCUCCAACAUUCUUCACAACAAGCAGAAGAGGCACUCACCCUAGGCCUUGAACAGCUCUACCACUCUCUAAUCGACUCCAUUGCUGGUGGUCCGGUCAUCCACGAAAUGCAACAAAUGGCUGUUGCCUUAAGCAAGCUUGCCAAUCUCGAAGGCUUCCUUCACCAGGCUGAUAAUUUAAGACAGCAAAUUCUUCACCAAUUGCCUCGGAUAUUGACCGUUAGACAAACAGCUCGAUGUUUUUUGGUGAUCGGAGAGUAUAAUCAACGAUUACAAGCACUUAGUUCUCUUUGGACAUCCCAUGGACCUCCUGAGGUCUUGAUCAGUGAUGACCAUUCAUGCCAAACAACAGACUUGCAGAUGGUGCAACAAUCACAGAAUCAUUUCUCAAACUUUUGAUGAAAAAAGAAAAGAAAAGAAAUGGAGAUUCCAAUUAGGCAGCCAAUGAAUAAGCAGUAAGAGUCAUGUAAUUUGACAAGGAACAUGCCAUAUGUAGGCAUGCAAAAUGAAAAUUUAUGAAAGCUACUUAAUUUAGAUGAGGUAAGUUUUUAAAUCCUUUGUAAAAAUUAAUUUUAAUGUGCAUUAUGGAACUAUUUUUUAUUAUUUUAUUUAUUUUUAAUGAUGUAUACAAUAUAA